UUAGUGGUAUGUAUAAAUGUCACGCUUGCUAAAUUACUCUUGGUUACCAAAAAAAAAAAGUUUAUGUACAAGGUUGGAUUCACAUCUCUAACUACUCAUAACCAAGAUAGAAGGAGAAGGGCAUACGAUUUAUUCAUGUGCAAACCACCUGCUAACUAACAUUAGUUAGAGCAAAAUGCAUGUGGCAAACAUCCCAUGCACCUUCUCAAAUUCACAACUUGACCAAUCCCAAGCAUAAAUUUUACUCCAAGUCUUCUUUGCAUCUCUGAAUUAGCAGUAGAAUCACUCCAAUGGCGGCUCUACGGCUUUUCAUUCUUCUCUCAAUAGUUGCAAUUGCAAAAUCUCAACCUCCUAAUCCAAUCAACCAAACUGACCUCCAGAUAGCCAUGUCUGACAUGAGAACUUGGUCUUAUCAUGGUUUUGUCAUCCUCCUCAAGAUCCUAAAUGGCUCCCUACACGACCGGGAAAUAACUUUCUUGAUGCCGAGCGACGAAGAGCUAUCUAAGGUUGCACUGAGUCUGGACCACCUUCAAGAUUACAUUCUCAGUCACUCAAUCCCUUCUGCACUUCUACUCAGUCACCUGCUACAUUUUCCUAAUGGAACACUAGUUCCUUCUGGUGUCACAAACAGGAUGCUUAGCAUUGAAAAUGGCGGAAGGUCGAGUCUGUUCUUCAACAAUGCAAGGCUUGUCACUCCAAAUGUCUGCAUAAACUCAUUAAUAAAGUGCCAUGGAAUUAGCACUUCCAUCACCUUUGACAACUCUGCCACUACUGCUGUACCAUUACAUCGCAGUCUCCCAACUCCAAGGUUGUUUGAUUCUACUAAAACCCUAAGCAGGACAAAAUCUUCUCCAGCCAUACAUAGAAAGAGGACCCCUACUCGCCUAAAUAUCAUAUAUGUCAAUUCCUUGGUAAGUCUUCCACCACCUCUCAGAACUUCUCACAAGCAUGCCUAUAUUGCCAAUGCAACCUAUAUAAAUGUAUCAUGA